AAAUUUCAGAUAAUUUCAACAUUUAAUAAAUUGGAUAUAGCGAGAAUAGAAUAAAACUAAAGUUCGGUCCUGUAUACAAAGGGUUUUUAAGUGGAGAGAGGAGAGCGAAGGCGUACGUAGAGAGCACCAGCAGCAGUAACAGAAGGAGGUGGAAGGGGGGGGUGGCGGAGGAGGAGGUGGUGGUGAAGUAGUGGGAGGCCGAGAGAGGCGAUUCCCUCGCGCCGAUAUACUACGUACACAGAAUGAAACGAAAUACCUACGCUGGCCGGUGAUCGCGUGUGCGUGCGGUGUGUGCUAGUCGAGUCAUCCACAAUCGGCCGAGGAAGACAAGGACGGCGCGAGUAAACAUGGCGCCGUUGUAGCAGAGCCAGCAUAUCAUAUUUACGUAGGGUACCCCCGCAGUAUCCCGGACAGAUACUAAUCUGGUCCAUCGCGAAAUUUUCGAUAAUAAGUGACUGACGACGAACGUGGCGCGAUACAAAAUACAAACGUCGAGCCAGUGCAACAACGCGUCUAACCGAUUUGUGCCAAGCUGUGUGUUUGUUACUCAACCAAGAAGACUGAGCUAACUCUAGAAUCAUAAUAAUUAUUAAUAAGUAUCAGUGCGUCAUUAUUUUCGAUACCAAUUUCAUCUCCCCUCCUCCCGACCGAUGGAAUUCCUCCCGGGAAGAGGUGAAGAAUGGUGGACGUCCGGUUCGUCGUCAUCUGUGCAACGUAAACAAUGAUCAAGUUAACGCUGGAAUCACCUUUACCACCUCCUCCUGGAUUUUCACAUCGAGACUGAGUAUCGCGAUGGACAACUGCUCCAUCGAAAGUUACUUGCACAAAAAGUUUAAAAAGCAGUCGAGUAGUGUUCCACAACAAAAUGUAUCAGCAGUGCCAUCGUCUUCAACAAACGAACAAAUAUCCGUAUCACCAGUUGGGGCGAUCGCGGAGAAAUCGAAUCAGUGUGUGUUGGCAAAUCAACAAAAGUAUAUUGAAAAAUCACUUGCGGUGAGCGAUGUGCCAACCAAUUUUAGUACAAAUUCUUCGGGUGAUUGCCACAGAACGGCAUCGCCACACACGUCUUCCAUAUCAGUUAAUAGUAUGAGUAUGUUAGAAAGUAGGAUCGGUAGGCCGGUUCAAUAUUCGACCACGAGCAACAACGGCAUAUCACUACAGCGAGUAUCAUCAGAGUGUGGUAACCAAACGAACCAAUUGAAUAAUCAACAGAACCAAAUAAACCAAGUAAAUCAAAUUUUGGUGGCAGCGUCGGAUUCGGCGUUAAAUUUAAAUAGUACUAAAUUACAAUCGAGGUCUUCCAGUUUACGAGAUGAGGAUUUAGACAAAGUUGAAACGUCUUCAACUCCCGAAAAACCCGGCGGGAAAUAUGUGUGCAACUAUUGUAAUUUGGUGUGUUCAAAACCUAGUGUAUUACAAAAACAUAUAAGGGCGCACACGAACGAGAGGCCGUUUCCGUGUGUGAGUUGCGGGUUCAGUUUUAAAACUCGUUCGAACUUGUAUAAACAUUGUCGAUCUCGAACGCACGCCAAUAGAGUUUUGGGAAAUAAGGCUCAAGAGAUAAACGUGGAUAUGGACGAGGAAAAACAGGAAUCGUUGAAACCCGAUUACGAAGAAAUCAAACCGGUCGACGCAAAAUCAAAACCGUAUAAGCCGAGAUUUAAAGCUUUUUUUGAUUCCACCGGUGUUGAAAAUGGGGGGGAAGUCGAAACGUUUACUCCUACCGGAGAAACGACUAAAUCCAACACGAGCAACGCCGAUUUAAUAUCGUUACACAUUGACGAAUUAAUCCAUAAAAAUAAUUCUUUAAUUAUUAACACAAACGAUCCAAACAUGUACAAGAAAAGAAAUUCAAUCAAUACGUCUUCAGAAGUAAUCACGAAUAAUAAUCACAAUGAAUAUAACUAUAAAUAUCACGAAUUGUACCAACCGAAUCAUCAGCAUGUUCAUGCGCAUCCACAACAUCUUGAUAUUCCACCGAACGAAGAUGAACCUUUAAAUUUAACAAAUAAAAAUCGGAAGCGAAGUAUGAGCGAAGUUCACGAACCAGUUGGUCAAAAAAGCUUGAUCAAAGAGUUGUUAUUAAAAAAUUUAUACGCCGAUUCGAAUAAGCAGUGUCCACAUUGUAAAAUGAUCUUCCAAACGGUGACCGAAUUGGAUUUGCACAAAUUAAGACAUUGCAAAGGUUAUCAGAAAGCGGGAGCGAGAUACUCGCGAAGCAGCUCCGUUAACGUCGCUUCGAUUUUAACUCAAAAUAAAAACGCCUUCGAUACCAAUCCGCAUAUCCCAAAUGUCUUUCCGUUAAAAUCUCCCGGCCCGUUCUUAGGAAAAACUCGAUUGGUCGAAAGUGAUAAAGCUAAAUCGUUUUCGUUUGACGAUGGAAUACAAACAACUUCGCUUCAAACUUCAACGACGUCGCAAGAUAUUAUUAAAAUGUCGCAACGGUAUGCAUUGUCACCAUUAACUUUACAAAGUGAACAAUAUAGGAAACAACACGUUAAAUUAUUCGGGGGGGAAGUAAAAAUUCAGUCGUCAGAAAGAGUUGAAGUUAAAAAAGAUGAGAAAUACCAUCAUCACCGUCAGAAUUAUCAAGAAUAUCCCAAUAAUAUAAGUGGUAAUACUGUGGUAAAAUCGACUUUACAGUCGGGUGGGACAUUAGUGCAAACAAAACCUUUUGAGGAACCUUUAAAAAAAUCAACUUCACCAGAAAUUAUUAGGGUGUAUGAAAGUCCUCCUCAAUCACCCACGAUAGAUGUAGUUAACGUUGAUAAACCGUCGUUUUCUUAUCGACCCGAAGUGAUCGUUGAUUAUCCCCGACACGAAGAGACUCCUUAUACAUACAUGAACAUCAUGGAUUAUAGUCAAAACGCAGUAAAGAUGCUCACACCAAAAAUAAAACAACCAACAUUAAAUCUCCAAGAGAUCGUUUCUCCACUUAAAAUAAACAUUGAGCAAAGAUCAUUCGACAAAAUUGAUUCACCAGUAUUCCCAAAAGAUCUCGAAGAACGACGUAAAUCAGAAAACAUCGAUUUCGCACAAAAACAAAUCCUACUCCAACAAAAAAUGACGUUGGAACCGCCAAAAUUACACGUAUAUAAUCCAGUUAAGUUUUUAGUAAACGGAAAAGUGAUUAGAUACGUCCCUGGUAUGCCAGGACCUAUUACGGUUGAUACACCAUUAGAAACGCCGUAUUCACCUAGUUCUCCUAUAACAAGAGUACCUAUACCUAAUAUGAGAUUAUCAAAACCUAACAUACGUAUUACGCCUCCUGAAAGUGUUGAAAAGUAUCCAGAAAAACAUCAAUCAAUCGAGAUUAAUCGAAGUCCGAAAAUGGCUUUGGAGAUCAACACGGAUUUAAAUCCUAAUGUAAACGAAAUGAAAUCUCCGGUUAAACUUUUUGUGAUAGAUAAAUCCCCAAAACUUUCUGAAAACAAAUCGCCGAUAAAAUCACCGAAUACUCCAAUUAGUUUAGACUCGCCAAAAAAAUUCGCCAGACCAAACAGCUUGGCAAUUAAAUCCGCACUUCCCGGUUCUUUGAAACAACAUCACGGUCUCACCCCGACCGUUUUCAAUCAGAUUUUAAUUAGUCCGGAUACGCCGAGAGUAGCCAAGAAAUACAACCAUCAAAUUCUUCACGGAAAUUAUUUUAGUUAUUUGGGAUUGAAAAGUUCGACGAAAUCCUCUUAUUGUACUUUAAAUAAAACCCAACCGUUUUAUGUGCCGCAUUUUAAAAAGUUGAGUAUGUACUCAGAAUGGAGGCAACAUGCCGGAACUAAAAUGGACAAACUUUUUGCCGGAGCUUACGAUUCCAGACAGAGGAAUCAUAAGUAUACUGUAGCUAAAGCUGUUGUGGAUGAUACUAUUCUUCAUUCAACGUAUAAGUUUAAUGUUAUUGAACAACAAUCUCAAAAAGAAAAGGAAGAAUCAAACAAAUCUAUCCUUGGUGGAUUCGAAUCCAACGAAGAUUAUACUUAUAUUCGAGGAAGAGGAAGGGGUAGAUAUGUUUGUGAUCAAUGCGGAAUUAGAUGCAAAAAGCCUUCGAUGUUAAAAAAACAUAUCAGAACACAUUCUAACGAUAGACCCUAUACUUGUAGUCAUUGUAAUUUUAGUGGUGGUGUAAUGUGCCUAUCAUCUUUUUGCAGCUUUAAAACGAAAGGUAACUUGACCAAACACAUGAAAAGCAAGGCGCACACGAAGAACUACGCGGCGACAACCGGAAGUACAUCUGUUUCACCCAAUUUACCAGGAAGUCCAAAUUCGUCAGACUCAGAAUCUGAAGAAGAAGAUAGUGUUAUGGAUAGUAGCGAUGAAUCCUCUACGAGAAAUCAAGAACAACAAGAACGCGAAGCGGUUUUUGGGUUGUUAUCGCUCUCACAAAAAUCAUCGGUUACUGAAAGUAUAAAAUCAAGUUCGAAUGGAACGUUAACGAGAUCGCUUCCUGUUGAUUCUUCCUCAAAUUUUAUGGAUACCGAAAGGAUAGCUCACGUUACAAAAACCAAUUACGCAAAAAAUAAAAUCUUAGACCAAUCUAUAAACUUUAACGCGCCGAAAAUAUCUGAUAUUUCAGUUUUAAAUUCGGACACGGAUUUUCGAGAGGUCCAAAAAAUCACCAAGUAUUUAGGAAAAACUAAUUUGACCAGACCAUUAACAUAUCCAUAUACAACGCCUAUUAUUAUUGAACCAUCCAUAGAAAUGAUGGAAACAAAUCAAAUACGUAAUCAAGCAAACUCAUCAGAACUUAAACCGUCUUCUGAACGCUUACACAGUCCAAAAAUGGUCGACCCAAAACAAUUUAGUGUAAUAUCUAGGUACACAAAACCAGAAACUAGUAAUAACCAUCAAGAUGAAGAAAUGCCACAAAAUAUAGCGAGUGAUUUACGUAAAAGAAAAGCUUAUAACGAAUCCAUUCUUCCAUCAAAAAUUUCAAGAACUGAAGUUGAUGUUAUUGAUUUAUCAAUGCCGUCAAUAAAUGGAAGAAAAAUUGAUCAAAUGAACGGUUAUCAUCAAAUGGAUAUCGUUGAUAAUAAUUGGAAAGCUAAAGAAAUCGCUAAUAAUAUUAUAAGGAGUUGUGAACAACCUGACAAUUCACCAAAGACUUACGAAAGUGAUGAAAGAAGUAGUAACGAAGAUAGUCAUCAGUACAAUGUGAAUAUGAAUUAUGUGGUUAUGGAGAAAACGCAAAAAUAUAAACAGGUUGAGUAUGAUAAUAGUGCGAUGGAAACUUUAGCCGAUAUCGCGACCAAACAGGAAAAAUUGGAGAAGAAUUCUGUUGCGAAAAACGUGGCCAGUGAAUUUUUAAAACUGGCCACAAAAAACGAACAGAACGAAAAUGUUCGCGAUGCUUUCAUCCCGAACAAUAAGGAAGUUAUUGUUAAACCAGACGAAAAUAAAAAUUGUAAUAUUUGUAUGAAAACUUUUACCAAACCUUCCCAAUUAAGACUUCAUAUGAAUAUCCAUUAUUUAGAAAGACCAUUUCGAUGCGAUUCUUGUUCGGUUAGUUUUAGAACUAAAGGACAUUUACAGAAACACGAACGAAGUGCUAGUCAUCAUAAUAAGUUGAGUUCCUCUCCAAACCUGUCGUCUUCAGAACCAAGACCGUUCAAGUGUUCAGAUUGUAACAUCGCAUUUAGGAUACAUGGGCAUUUAGCGAAGCAUUUGCGGGCAAAAAUGCAUAUCAUGAAGCUCGAGUGUCUUAACAAGAUCCCGUUUGGAUUGUAUGCGGAAUUGGAACGUUCUAAUAGUCUUUUAACCGAAAUUAAUACGGCGGAUGUGGACCAAUGUUUAGAGAGUUUAAAGAAACUGGCGCAGAAGGUGUUUACAAACGAUCCAGGAAAAUUAAAUCACCUGGGACAAACAUCAGAAACAGUAGUAGAAGCAGAUAGUUAGCGAUAGAUUAUUAAAGAAAAAAAUUGUUUUUAAUUUGUACUGUUUAAGUAAGUUAAAAAAAAGACUGAAAUCAAAACGAAUGAGAUGCUAGAAAUUUUUUUUCUAUAAAAAUUAAUGAAAAAACAAACGUAUACACGUGGAUAGAUUAUUAUAUAUUAUUAUUACGAUAGAUUGAAUAUUUUUCGUGCUAUAUUGGAAGAUUUAAAAAGUAUAAAAAAAGAGGAGAAUAUCGAUAGUCUUGUAGCUUUCUUAGGUGUAUGUCAUUCUCAUUGUGUCAAAACUUUUUAUGUGAUAUAAAAGUAAGUUUUUUUUCUGUACAUAGAUUUGGUUUAUAUUUUAUAUUUACGACAUAACUUUUAAAUAAAUAAAUAAAUAUAUUAGGGACUAAAAUCGCUAUAUAAAUAAAUCAAAAAGUUGUAAAAAUUUGAGUUUUGUGAAUUGUUAUUGAUUGGCACUUAUUUUCUAAUAACACAACAAUGUUAUAAUUAUCAAAUAUCUCGCUCCGAAAUAUCUUGUUUUGUUAACAUCAAUAAGCUCCUAUUUUGGGUAUUUGUUUAGUUUUAUUCAAACCUAUUACGUUUACUAGUUUUCUUAUUCGAGUUUUAGUUAAGUUUGGACCAACAUUUUAAAUAAAGUGUUGCGUUGAUUCGUUGUACAUAUGAAACGAUACAAUAUUGUCUUAUUGUUUAACUGUAGUUACUAAUUUACUGAAAAUUUCAGCUGUUAAUUACAUUUAUAUUGUUGAAAAAGUACAACAUUAUUGUU